AUUUUUCACCUGCUGUCUUCUGAUGCUGUUUCAAUAAAGGUUUUCCUCAAAAAAUAAUCAAAAAUUGAGUAUUUUUCAUUUAACAAAACUUAUCUACCUUUACGAUUACAAAAAAUGUAAUAUUUCACAUUAUACAAUGUCAUUUAAUGAAAUAUUUUAUUAUAAACAAGACAAAAUCAAUUUACUUAAGCUACAAGCAGGCUUCAAGCAAUCAAAUUGAUUGCCAUUGGUAUAUUUUCCAAUAAAAAAUAAAGAACAACCAAGUUAAAAGGGGAUUCGAACUUAAAUUGUGCUUAUCAUCGCACUUUUGUGUGUGAAAAACGAAGUAUUUUCAAUAUGGAAACUGAGGCAAGUGAUAAACCUGUGCCCGCAGAAGACCCAAACGGUUCAGACUCAAGCAUGAUAGUGAACACCAAUAGUAUACUAGAGAAAAUAGCAAAUCUCUAUGCGGAACAGCUGAUGUCCGACAUUGUGCUUGUUGUAGGCGGGGUCGAAUAUCCUGCUCACCGAGUCAUCCUCUGCGCCAGUAGUGAGGUAUUCCAGGUCAUGCUGAUGAAUCCCGAAUGGAAUGAGUGUCGCAAGCGAAUAAUUGAACUCUACGAAGAGCCCUUUUGUGCAGCAGUAUUUCCCCAAUUCCUCAAAUACCUGUAUGUUGGCCAACUAAAGGCGACUUUGCAAUCUGUGAUGCCAGUUCUGGCUUUGGCUGAUAAAUAUAAUGUCAAGGAUCUAGUUGGACUGAGUGUGAAUUUUAUGCUCUCACACACCGCAAUGGCAGCAACGCAAGGCUAUCUGGUUUCCUGGUUGCAAUACGCCCUAACCUUUAGCCCCUAUCAUAAAGAUCUCACUGAGUCGUUGAAAAACUUUCUCAAAUGGAACCUGGAAAUGGUUAGCGAGUCGAAAGACUUCGUUGAGCUUGACACCCAGAUCAUGAUAUUAUUACUGCAACAAAACGAUAUUGUCGUUACCAGCGAAUUCAGUUUGUUUGGCAUUUUGCAAAAGUGGUUGUUGCAUAGGAAGGAAAUGCUUGACAAUGAGGAAAGUCUUCAGAAGGAAGAGAAAGACGCCAUACUGAAGCAGCUUAUAGAGGCAACUGUUAUGCAUAUACGGUUUGCCAUGAUGACGCCCAGGGAGUUGGCACAUUUAUUGCUGUAUCCCUUGCUUGCCUAUCACAAAGAAUUCAUUGUCCAGAGAAUGGCCAUUGGAAUGAGUUAUCACUCAGGUCAAGAAGAUCGUGUAAAUGAAAUACGAAAUUCGAAAUCGGGAAAUUUGCAAUUCACACCACGCCUAUAUUCGAAUGACUUAUGGAGCGUUAGCUUUGACAUUAAGGAUUAUUAUCAUAUUCCAGAUUACACUAAUUACGUAGCUUGUUUCUUCUCCCAAAGGAAUUUGGCAGAACGGGAAGAUGAUCAAUCGGUGACAUGGGAUAUAGAAUUCUUCCCCCGAGGUGUUAAAUAUAAUAAAGCGAAAAUGGUUUGGGGUGAGGAUUUGCCUGAGUUUUCAUUACGUACCGUACGUAUUCGAGUUACUUGUAAAGAAAACUGUCUAGGCGAGGAGAGAUUUAAGGUUGCUGUUUUAAUCAGUGGCAUGCAACACGACAUAAUACACAUAUUAGCCGUUACAGAAAAAACAGAGUAUUUUUCUGAUAAAAGUCGUGUUCUUAAUUUAGAUAAUUUGCUGCCAUAUGAAGAUACUCCGAAAAGUGAUCCCAAAAAAGAAAUUCCUCAUCUCAUUGGACCAAGUAGAAAUAAUUUAAGCCUUCAAGUAAUAAUUGCGCCAAUGGGACCCUAUACGAGUAGAGAGUCACCGCCUUUCGAUCUGAAAUAGUAAAAAAGAUAAUAAUAAUUUGUAUUAUAUUAUAAAUUAAAAUGUUUAUGAUUUAAUUUAAUUUUAUUUUAUAGAUAACCAACAGCUUAAGUGUGUAACGUAUAUGAGAAUUUGUGAAUAUUUAAAAAGAAACAAAAAACAAAGAACAAUAUAUAAUAAUGUUGUUUAUAAAUGGAAAGUUUAA